UCUGCGUGUUAGAGAUCUUCAGAGUCAGCAGCUGCGUGAAUGAGACUGAACGUGUAUUAAAAACACCAGCCGUUGUUCUGUGAACAGUUUAAAGCUCAAGUGUGUCAUUUAGAGAGGGAUCAUGGAGGAACAUCUUCCUGAAGAUCUGGCGAAUCUGUCUGAACUGGACGAGAAAACUUUGCUGGAGGUUUUGACUGGACGUUUCAAACAAAGUCACAUUUACACCUAUGUAGGAGACAUCUUGGUGGCUAUUAACCCAUUUAAGUAUCUUUCAAUCUAUGAAAAAGAGGUAUCAGAGCGGUAUAAGUGUCACGAGAAGAGGUCUUUGCCCCCUCAUAUAUUUGCUGUGGCUGACAGAGCGUAUCAGUCCAUGCUGGGACGUCUGGCCACCGGACCCAAGAACCAGUGUAUAGUAAUCAGUGGUGAGAGCGGGGCAGGUAAAACUGAGAGCACCAAACUGCUGUUGAGACACAUCAUGGAGCUGUGCAAAGCAAACUCACAACUAGAGCAGCAGAUCUUACAGGUGAAUCCACUUCUCGAAGCCUUUGGAAACGCACAGACGGUCAUGAACGACAACAGCAGCCGCUUCGGGAAGUAUAUCCAGCUACGCUUCCAGAACUCUUCAGUCAGAGGAGCCAAAAUCAAUGAGUAUCUUCUUGAGAAAUCUCGUGUGGUUCAUCAGGAUGAAGGGGAACAAAAUUUUCACAUCUUCUACUUCAUGUUAGCUGGAAUCUCCUCGGAAGAUAAAGAGAUCUACGGUCUCUUGGACCCUACGCACUACCGUUAUUUGAAUGGCAGGUUUGGGCAAGAAGACGUGGUACUGAACUGGCGUGUGAAAUAUGCUGAAGUGUGUAACGCCAUGGACAUGGUGGGCUUUGAAGAGCAGGAAAAGGUGGACAUGAUGACAAUUCUGGCUGGAAUUCUGUCAAUGGGGAACAUCAUGUUUGAAACGACCGACAACGACAUUCUGAAAGUGACUGAGGCGUCACGUGGCUGGUUAAAAGUAACUGCUGGUCAGUUUGGUGUUCAAGAAGGGGAUUUAUUGAAGAGUUUGACCUGCACCACGUCAGUGACACGAGGAGAGGCCAUCCAACGCCUGCACAACCAGCAGCAGGCUGAGGAUGCCAGAGAUUCCAUCGCUAAAGUGGCGUACGGUCGAGUGUUCGGAUGGAUCGUCAGUAAAAUCAACGAACAGCUCGCACCAAAAGUAGAUUUUGACGUCGAACUCAAUGAAAUUGGAAUCCUUGAUAUAUUUGGUUUUGAAAACUUCGCUGUGAACCGGUUUGAGCAGCUCUGCAUUAAUCUUGCCAAUGAACAACUCCAGUAUUUCUUCAACCAUCACAUCUUCCUAAUGGAACAGAAAGAGUAUAAAGAGGAAGGCAUCACAUGGGAGAACAUAACAUACAAGGACAACAAACCCAUACUGGAUCUGUUCCUUACUAAACCCAUCGGGAUUUUCUCUCUCCUAGAUGAACAAAGCGCCUUUCCUCAGGCCACUGACAGAGACUUUGUUGAUAAGUUAAACAGCAAGUUUAAAGCUGCUCCCAACUUUGAGGUUGUGCGAAACCACACCCCUCUCUUCACCAUUGUGCACUACGCUGGGAAGGUGCAAUACAACGCAAGUGGUUUUCUUGAAAAAAAUAGAGACACGAUUCCAGCCAACAUCCGUGAGCUCUUCAUCAACAGUGUCACUCCACUCCUCAGCGUUCUCUUCGCAGCCACAAUUUCCAGAACGGGGACGCUGAUGCCACGUAAGGCCAAGCUACAAGUUGCAGAUGACAACUUCAACUCAACCAGGAAGCAGUCUGUCGGGGCGCAAUUUAAGCAUUCACUGGCAGUUCUAAUGGAGAAGAUGUUUGCCGCGAGUCCGCACUUCGUCCGCUGCAUCAAACCCAACAGAAGCAAACUGCCUGAUGAACUGGACAGCAAAUUGGUCAUGGAUCAGCUGAGGUAUAACGGCCUGUUGGAAACGAUCCGUAUCCGGAGAGAUGGUUUCUCGUGGCGUCCGACCUUCAGGGAGUUUGCAGAGAGGUACAACAUUCUGCUGCUGAAACCUGAUCUGCCUGUGAACAAAGAAAGUUGUAUGUCCAUCCUCAACAACACUGAGCUCUCUGGUUGGAAGUGUGGAUUAUCACGUUUGUUUUUUAAGUACUGGCACCAGGAGGAGUUGGCACCUCUGUUGGAGCGACUGGGACGGGCAGCGGUUGUCAUUCAAAAGAAUUACCGUUCACGGGUCUGGAGACGCAAGUAUUUGGUUCUGAUGGUGGAGUUACAGCGACAGCGACGGGCUCAGCAAGAGAGAGAGGAAGAGGAGAGGAGACAACAGCUCAAGGAGGAGAUGAGACGACUGGAGGUUGAGCAGGAGAAUAUGCGACCUGAAUCUCCACCAGUGCCCUUACCAAGGAAGAAAAAGCCACUGCCCAAACCUCGUUCUGCACUGAGUAGCAUCACCGACAUGCCACACCUGGCACCUGUGCCACGCCCACGCAGCAAGCUUUUUGAGGCGACACCGUUUGAUAAUGAACUGAAUGAGAACGUUCAUCUGGACAUUUCUCAGGUGCUUCAGCCGAUAGACGAGGAGCGUAUUAAAGAGAAACACCUGAAAAAGACCAACACAAUCCGCUGGUUUAAAGAGACCCAGGUGCGGAAACUGACCCGAGACGGAAGCUUCCCCAGCUGGUUUCAUGGCAUGAUCUCACGAAGACAAGCAGAAGAUCUCUUGAUUGACAAACCUCUUGGCUGCUUCCUGGUACGUGUUGGUCAGAGUCGGGAAGGCUAUACCCUUACCUACAGGUGUGCUAAUCGCUGUCGUCACUACAUGAUUGAGAUGCAGACUAAUGGGAAGUAUGUAAUUCUCGGGGAGGAUCGGGCCCAUUCGUCUCUGGUAGACCUGGUCCAUUACCAUGCUCAGGUGGGCAUCAAGCCCUUUAUGGAGCUGCUCACGGUACCCUGCGGUCAGAUGUGUGGACAGGAGCCAGACUAUGAGGAGCUCAAAGCUUUGACAUCAUUUGCUUCAGUGGAAAGCAGCAGUGUAAAUCCUGCUGAAGGGGCCAAUCAGGAAAUGCACACUGGAUCAAACAAAGUGCACCAACAGAUGCAGAGAAUGUUCCUGCCCCCAGGGCAAAACUCAAGCCCAGAGCACCACAAACCUCCCGUGCUGAACCGCAUAUCUGACAGACGCCGACGGGUGGAGGUCCCAGUUACCGAACGCAAGGACAAUGAUGAUCCAAACCAUAUGAGCAGACCGUUCCCCCGGCUGUACCCGUCCAUACGGUUGGCCAUGAGGGAAAUCCAGCAGAUUCAGCAGCACUUCCAGCGGAGCCAAGAACAAAUCGAAGUCUCCUCCAACAAACCCGUGACUUCUCGGAAGAGAACAGAUGCAUAACACGUUGAAGAAUGAAUCUACAGAUGUUCCUGACACUGCUAUUCAUGCAUUUAUUUUAUUAACUUAUGCAAAUGGAAAUUUGAAUGAUAUGAAGGAAAUACAUUUUUAACUUGAUUUCUUCCUUAUUUUAAAUGUAAUUUUAUUUAACUUGUAAAUUAUGUUCAAGUAAUUGAAUAAAUGGUAUUAUUUCAUACACUACACCUCCUCUAUGCUUUUAAAAUGCCUGAAUAAAAACCAU